CUCGUUCAGUAGUUUCUCGGACGCCGCACAGGCACCAUCCGACCCUGCGAGAUAACCCUGACGUGUGGUCGCCGCAGGGCUUAACCCCCGCGACCCCCUCGGUGACAAUUGCGUGCGUACGCGAGGUCCGCCGAGCGCGUGGCUUCGAUCAUACCCGUUCGCGCCCAGACGUGAGAUCGUCACGGCGAAUCGCCGUGCGAUCUCGCCGUCCCCCAGGACCCCCCGCGUUCAGGAGGAACUGUUGCGAAACGGGGGAUUUUCGCAACGAAUCCUUGCGAGUCUUUCUUUUCUCUUCUUUGAAGUAUUUUUGUUGGAGCCCGUGUCAAAGGUGUACGCGCGAUCGGUAGAUUCGUAGGUCAGUUCCGAUCCUUCCCUUUCUGUCGAUUUCUUACGAAUUCAGACAGACUGAGGUUCUCUCGCUUUCGCGGACAUCUCUCGAAACGUAGAUCGGUCCGGUAUAACGAGCCCCUACCGGUGAAACGUCGAUUUUGGAUGGAGGGCCCCGAUGUUCCUUCUACGAGCAAAGUGGUGAUAGCUGAGUAAAUGGUGAAGCAGUGGUAGUGCGUAACACGGGGGUCUACCUGCUCAUGCCGAUCUUUCGCGAGAGAACUCUAUGCAUGACUGCGUGACACUGAGCUGAUUACGGAAGGACAUACACGGGAACCCGAAAGAAGGAGAUCGGUAAGACGAGUCAGCAGGAGAAAUCCGGCGGAAGUGGAGGGAGAGAUGGGAACUCGUUCCGUUCUCGUCUACUGACAAGCAACAGCAGAUAACAGGAGAGCCAAGGGAGGGGGACAGAGAGACGAAGGCGGAGCAAGAUUGUCGAAAGCAACAACCGCUAGUGUCAAUUUGUACCGAAGCGAGAUCGGCGACUCGAUGUCACCCCGUGAACCAGUACCAUCGUUUCUCAUCCACGGCAGCUCACUCUGGGGCUCGACGAUCGGCUGCACUGGUACCUAGGGCAGUGCGUACAGCUACACCGAUGCGACUCGGCGGCAACCGCAAUAAUGCGAGAGUACCGAAAGCGCGACGGUGCAUGGACGGUAACAGCGGACCGGCAGCCGCAUCCCCCGUUUCCGGCCGACGCUUUCUCCCGGUACCUUCUUCAGAGACGAAAGUGACGGGAAAAGGGCUCCUGAUAUGGGGCUGUAAUGCCGGCUGACAGCGGACGCAGCCUUCAUCGACACCUCUCGUACGAUAACCGCGGUCGAACCGAUCGACGUCGCUCGACGACGUUCAAAGCGGUGAGAUAAAUAAGGCAAAUUGUAGACGAAAAAGAAGAAAGAGAAAGGACAAAACAGCGAUCGAUAUCAUAAACUUCCGAGUGGAAAGCGGCUGUAACGCCGCCAAGGAGGAGGAGGGCAAAGAAAGAAGCGUCGGAUGAGACCGUCAUGCCCGCUGAGAUUGACACGGGCGGGCCAAGGGUGCUGCACUGUGAUUCCCGUGCCGACUGCCCGACGACGCCGAUUUCCGCCGGCCAACAGCGCCGAGCCGCACAUUCAAGUUGCCGGAGCGCCAAUUCACUCGCCGAUCUCGGCCGGGACUCAGCCGCGAGGUUACCGAGGAUCCACGGGCCGGUCAAAUCGCCGAACCGUCUGGACUCGAGGGGGGACAGGCAGAAUCCGAAAGGUCCGCGACGAGAUCGAGAGAUCGACACGCACGCCGACGACGAAGAGCCAGCCGAGGCCUUGAACGGGAGAGACGUCCUGGCAAAGAGUCGCGCGUCAACGCAGCCACCGCCACGUCCAACACGAGGAGGAAACGGGCUCACGUGUCUGGCACCGGAGGGAGUGUCGCGCGCGCUUGAGAAUGCCUCCAAGGACGAGUGUCUCUCGGUCACGCGGGACUCCCGGGAGGGCGCGAGGAACACGCGCUACAAGGUCGAGCGAGCGGAAUCGCGGCUUGCGAUAGCCGCGGACACGAGUGGGCGCGCGAUCGCGAGGCGUCGAAGUCUCCAGGAUCGCUCCUGGACACGGCCGCUGCUCCGCGCCGGCCAGCGUCCCGACACGAAUCCAAGUCGGGAUUCGAUCGAUCGGCCGAGUGGGACGCGUGCCGCGGGAGGAAGCCCUCUUCUCUCUAGUCACCAUUCGCGUUCUUGCUCGAAGGUAAGGUCCUGCGAGGACAACACGGACGAUACCAGUGAGGGAUUUCCCGGUGAACGACUCGCUGUUGCUGCCGGCGACGACGACGAUGACGAAGACUCGAGAGCGGACGGGAACGCGAGAUCACCGAGGUGGCCGGGACGCGAUGAACGUUUGAAAGAGGAGAUCCAGGCCGGGAGGACCGGAUCGGCGCGGAAGGAUCCCACGAGCAGGAAGAGGCGCGGACGCGCGUGCCGCGGUCACUCGUUCCUCCGGCUGGCGGUUCUCCUCUUCCUCGUCACGUUCGGGCAGAGCGGACUGUUCGGCCGGAGUGUGCGUAAGUUCAGUGCGGGACCGAGCCGCGUAAGUGUCUUGACGAUCGGCACGACGAUGAUGAUCGGUGCAGUGAGUGCGGCGCCGGUCGAUCUGCUCGGCGACGCGGGCAACAGGGCCGAGAGGUCGGCCAACCUCUCCCACAUCACCGGCACCUCGAGGAAGAUACAGAUGUACGUCAAGAACCGGCAUCUGCAGAUCUUGCCGGACGGCACGGUCAACGGCUCCAACGACGACACCUCGGAAUACACCAUUUUUCAAAGGAUAUCGGUGUCGAGAGGCCAACUGAGGAUUCGAAGCAUGGCGACCUGCCUUUACCUUUGCAUGGACGUCUGCGGUCUGCUGUACGGCGCGCGCGAACACACAGACGAGUGCGUGUUCAACGAGAACCUGGAGCAGCACAACUACAACACGUACAGCUCAGUGCGCUGGUCCACGAAGAAGAAGACGAUGUACCUCGGCCUGAACCGUUACGGCCAGCCGAGGAGGGUACAAACCAAAGGUGAGGCCAAUCUGGGCAGGCUAUCGGCCUACGCCAGGGUGCUGACACGGGCAGCACCGCUCGACCGCGUGGAAGCCUUGCAGAGGCAGAUACUGGGUUCCAAGCACAAUGUGCGCCAUCGGCAUCACGACCGCACGCCUCGUGGCCAGCACGGCGACGUGGCGCAGCAGCAGCCGAACUGUCCGCCCCUGCCGAUGCAGGAGAAAGACGGCAGGGAUAAGUUCAGGUGCCGCAAGCGGAAGAAGCGGAAGAAACGGAAACGACGGUGCAGACAGGGUGAACAGCCCGGUCCCCAAUGCCAACUGCCCGAGGACUCCGGUGUAGGUGCCAGGUCGGAAGCGACGGACGCCGACGCGUCUCCGGAAACCACCAGCCACGUCGUCGGAUGCACCACGCCGGAAUCCAAGAGGUCCUGCGAGGGGGCGGCCAGCGAGGAGGCCUGCAGGCGACAGGCCCUCUCGGUGCCGGCGAAGAAGCGGAAGUCGCGGAUAGACUGCGACCCGACGGCGGCCGUCGUCGUCGUCGACAGGAACUUCACGCGCAACGGUAAGAACAAAGCACCAACGUCAAACGCGAAAAAGCCAAACGUCGGCGGCGACAGUCAAAGUAAAAAGCCUGAUUUGACGGACGGGAAGAAGAAGAAGAGGAAACGUCCGGCGACGACGCAGACGAGAGGGAGCGCGGCCUCGCCGACGUCGUCCCAGAAGCAGUACGCGCUUGGCACGACGUCGUCCCAGGCCUCUUCGUCGCUAACGGCGCCGCCGGCCAGCAAGGUGCGGGCCUCGACAGCAUCGUCGUCCUCUUCACCGUCUCCUCCUGGUGCAUCGACCGCUCCCUCCGUCAAAAGGGUGGCCUCUUCCAAGUCUGGUCGUAAGAAGCCACCAUCGUCGUCAUCGUCGUCUUCGUCCCCGCCGCAGUCUCCGAGAAACGGCAUCGCGAGACCAUCGGUGGGUUCGCGUAGGGUAGGAAAGUCGUUCUCGGGUACCGCGGGUUCAAUCGGUCAAGCGAGGUCGACGCCGUCGGCGACGACCCCGAGUAGCGAAGCGGCGCAUCGGAGUCCACCGUCAACCACCAAAGUUCCUGAAACCACGACGAAACCUCCUCUUCCCUCAUCCUCGCCAGCUCCUACCUCGUCUUUGCCUUGGCAAAAGUCCGCGGAGGACAUCUCGGGAUCGCUGUCGGAUUUCUCGCUCGUCGACGAGGAGGCAUCCUCCUCGUUCGCCGCGAGCGAAGUCACGACAGGGACGACAGAGUCCACCACGUCGACAGCCUCGAGCGAGAUCGUGACGGACCUGACGACGUUCAGGCUGCUCAAAAAGGACGGCGAAGACAGUGGCUCCGGCGCGGACGACGUGGUCUUACGGGCCACCACGAGCUUUCCCUUCGACAGACUGGCGAUGUGAGACACCCCACGGAUGGCUGGAGGGUGAUUUGUGUGCGAGAACGUCAUUGUAAACUUACGUGUAUAUAUGCGAGCAUUCUACGUUACGACUUACUCCCACAUUCGUGUACCAACGAGCGCACGACUUCUACGGUCGUGCGCCGGAACUUUGAUACUCACAGCGCGAAGGACCGACGUGUUCGUAUUUCGGUGACGUUCGUAUUUAGUUACACACAGUUAUAUUUUUGUUCCCUGUACAUUUUGUUUUUUCAUCUUCGAAAUUCGAUCUGUCGUAUCGUCGAAAAGAUUUUUUGUCUCUGUUAAUCUAACGAGAACGACGCUCAAAAGAAGCUCAAGAUAUUCGAAAUUUCGAAAAUACAUAAUUUCGAAAGGAUUUUAUGUAACUUUUGCUCCAAAGCCUCCUGCGAUAUUAAGCGAAUAUAUUUUUUUAUUUAUUCUACGCAUGAAAUUGCAAUUAUUUUGAAAUAUACGCGCGAAGACGGUACGACUAUUUUUUGAAGAUAUUAAGUUUAUAAAAAUUAACGAAAAGAAAUUGUUUUUAAUUUGACAAUAAUAUGUUUAUGUUAAUGAGCUUCAGAAGUCUUGGGGUUGGUUCGUCGCUAAUAAAUUUCACGAGGUGCGGAAGACACCUCGGCGAUGUCGAAGUGACGAUUCGUAACGGUAACAAAUUGCUUUCGCCGAAAUCGAUCCGAUGUCGGUCCUCAACGUUCACGGCGAGGAAGAGACCGCGAUUCGUGUCGAGGAUCGAUGAAUAUUGGCAAAAGCGAGGAGUCCUCAGAGUCACGCUUGUUCAGCCACGGGAUGAACGCGCCGGCGAGGCUGUUUCUUACGCUCGUUAUCCGAAAAGUGGUAAUUAUGGUAGCAGAGGGACGAGAGUAUCAAACAGCGUAGCCAGGUAACGAGCACGAAAUGUGACUUUAAUCUCCGCUGCUUCUCUCCCGACGCAAAACAAGCCGCGGACUGCGUACGGAAGCGUGGCGAAUGAUCUAAUUGCAUAUCCUCCUAGGUGGUUGCGUAGAGCCGUAAUCUUCACAUACGCAUUGGAUCUUACAGCAAAUACUAUUUAACGCGCUAUUAGAAGGUGAUAAGUCGACGUUGUGCAUGUGAAUGCGCGCUUUCUGAAUUCCGAACAACUUCGGACCGUGCUGAAUCUCUCGGGCGGAUCGAUAUUUCCUCACGGGAAAUUUUCCUUCGAUGAGCUUUUAUAGACGAAAUUGGUGUCCGCGGAGUUCAGAAAUACGCUGUGCACACGCUUCAAGUACAUCGCUUUAAGAACGUUUCAUUGCAUGAUUAGCUUGCAUUUACUAUGAAAGUGAUUCAGACAUGUGCAUUUACAAAGAGUAAAAUUACUGUAACUCUCUUGCUGAUUUUUUUAUAGCGUUUUUAACGUCAGUGAUACACCUUCAGUAGUUUUAAUAACUGCAGAGUACUUCCGGGAUGACAAUCUAGGUACGUAUUUCCCGUCACAUAUUUUGUGACAAGUGUGGCUGUCUGAUUCUCAUCUAACGUUCCUGAACGCGGUCAUCGCGCUAAACAAAUGAAAUCCGGAAGAAAGAAGAUUCGCGUUUUUAACGCCAGAGAUAUAGAAGUAAGAGUAAACGAUUUAGAGACGGGGCGCGGAUAUUGAUAUGCAAAUUAGAUAUUAUAAAAUUGAACCUUUGAAUUAAGAUAUAUUUUAAACUCCAUUUCAUCAGAACAGCUAUAUUGUGGGUGUUGUACGGAAUUACUACUCCGUUUUUCUCUUUAUCGACUCGACACGAAUCGCUGUCUCACCUCGUCGUCUAUCGACGCAAGAAACUCCUUGUAUAUUACUGGCGAAUUUCGUCCUAACUAGUACGAUUAGCGUUUAAGCCUAAAGUAAUUAUACGAUAGUAUUUUAGCGAGCGAGGAGAGUGCAGGAGACAAGACAAUAAGCGACGUGAAAAAAGGAAACGGCGUAUGGGCGAUGAAGUCGGCUCGACACGAAGGCCGAUUCUUCUCGGGGCGAUAAUAGAAAUCGGUCUAAUUGAAUGGGGAUGAGCUGUCCAGCGUCAAUUAUUGGCAGUCUCGCGACGAAAUUACGCUUCUCCCGCGUUCCAUCGAAAAUCGAGCGACGAACGUUUCCGAUUACGCUUAUUGCCGCGUAACGACGUAAUUUUUUUAACUAGCAUAAUUGUAUACGAAUUGUAGGAUACAAAAAAUAAAGAACAUUUCGGGGCGCGAUCUGGCUCGCGAGUGACCACGUCGAUGUGCCGCCAACACUGAGGGAAGCCCUUCCCGCGAGUGAUUAGUCAAAUUGUGAGUCUGUCUCUCGCAAUUUCGCAAUCAAGCGCAAUGAAACGCAAUUCCAAGGGACGACGUACAUAUAAUUUGGGACGCGUAGAAUAAAUUCGUUCGAUGUAAUCUCAGUAUUUAUAACGGAGCAAAGUGGCACGCUGCUCCGUUUUAGCGUGUACGUCGAUUAAUCGGGUCGACAAAUUGCACACGCUGGCCGCUCGAGUUCUAUCCGCUCGAUCGUUGUUCCUCGCGAUACAACGAUACCCUUCGAGAGACUCGUUUCGCGACGCUCGACGGUGCCGACGUGAAAAUUGCAGAGGUCCUAAUUGCAAUUUCCACUUAUAGUCGUGCUCCAAGUCUCUUCACGGUUCUUUACGCGCGCAUACCUCGCGACGUCGCAAAUUUAAUCUGGGGAAUUUCGAUCAGCCUGGGCAAAAUCGUCUGAUUACGUUACGAGCAGUUUCUAACGUGCCUGCCAGAAACUUCCAUGGCACCAUAGCACCAUGCAGUUUGAUCUCCGCGCGAAACACGCUCAUUGCUUUUGAUACUCUCUACUAGCUACAGUUCAAUUUCGCGAAAUUACUUGCGUAGAAAAUUUCUUAGAGCCUAACUGGGGUUCAGCUCAAUUUCUCAAAGUAAUUAUGGAUUCCAGUUAGAAGUAUGUUUCAAAGCUGCGAUUUUUAAUGGGGCAAGUCAAAGUAUUCCCAAUAUUUCUUUAUUUUAUGUUAAAAUUGAAUAGAAUAUGUUGAUUCUACAAAUAAUUCCUUUGUUCAAUAGAAUGCCCAAAGUAUUUUAAGAAUAUUUUAUUUUUUCAUAUAUUUUAUAAUUUUUUUCAUAUUUUACUUUGUUGAGAAAAUAAUUGAUGUAAAAAAGGGAUUCCCUGCUUGGUACCAUAAAAAGUACACAGACUUAUCGAUCUAGAUAAAAAGCGCAAGUUUACAUAGUAUUUCUUUUUUAAUUUUAAACAGAGAACCCAUGUUUGAGACAAUUGGUAUAGGAUAACAAUCGUAAUAGGAUAACCAGUUUUGGGACAUAUUUGGGCAUUCUAGUCAGAAUUUAUGCUGUAUCUUAGGAAAUAUUUCUAUGCGGGUAGUUACAUACAGCCAAGGAGAAUGUUUUUAAAAUGUAACAUCGAUUGAUAUUGGAUUUUUAUACGCGAUCCUCGUUACGGCCUGAACAUCCGUGGAAACUGUUCGAUCACCAAAUGCCGCUCGAAAGAUUCGUUCAUACCCGACGAAAAGACAUCGCGUCUAUUCGUUUCUCGAGUUAAGAGUCUCAUCGAAUUUGUACGGAGUGUGUCUAUGGGAGAAUGUCUCGACCUCGCUGCGUUUUUUUUUCUUUUUCUUUCGUUCUCUCUCUCUCUGUCUUUCUCUCUCUCUUUUGUAGAAGCGACUUAUUCACGUAGUAGCGUAUUUAUUAAAGACUUAUUUAUAUAUUGUAAACAGUUGACUCUCCGUGUACAUAAAUCUACGAUCAUUACUCAUCAAUCAUGCGCAUCGACCAUGUGUUCUACGUAUAUGUUGUGUCUGUCCUUAUAGGUACACGAAUCCGUCGAAAAUAUCUCGAUAACGUCGCUCUCGUUCUCGUCCUGUGCUCGCGAGAACAUCAUAGAUGUGGCGAAAUUUUGCGAAAAUGAGAAACGCUAAUUUUGUAUAACACGCGAAUGUUGCAAAACGAACGUCGGGGAACCGAGAUAUGCGCUGAAAAAACUUUUCACUAAAUUGAAAUUCACUUUCGUACGAUGAAAGAUCAUCGUGUGGAUAUAUUUCAUGGAAUUUAAACGCGACGCUUGUCUGCACACGGAUAAAUGCAAUUUUAUCGCGGUGAUAUCGAAAUGUUCCACGGUCGUUUCGCAAAGCAAGUUGUUUCCCGUGCGCGGUAAUGCUCGUUAUGUCGUACAUUUGAUAAUAGUUGCUGGCAAAGUGAGCUGCUGCUUCCGCCGGAACUGAAAUUGGACCGCUUCGCGACGUGCGACAACCGCGCGUUCCCCGCUUAAAUUCAACAUACCAAAUACAUACGCGAUGUUACGACGAGGCUGCUGCAAACCACUUUCAAAACAACAAUCUCUCAAUUAAUUGUAGCUCAUUUGGCAGACGUAUCAUUGCGAAAGAGAGAUCUCGGCAUAAAUUACGCGAUGAAAGCUGACGAGCUUGAGUUGACGAGCAUUUUCAAAAUAUACUUACUCGACUUUUCAUUGAAAUUUCCACAAGCCACUAAAUCAUGGAACGUAUCAUGAGAACUAUUGUCGUCGGAACGAUUCGCGACCGCCUGACUGUUGCGCUCUGUACAACAAUGGUCAACUAUAGGGAUCUCUGCUUUGUCAGCUAUUUGAAUUUAAAUUCUGCGGAAAUAGAUACUUCCGCGUGCAUAACACACCUUCUGCGGUGCAAUAAUAAGCUUUCUGCACUCGUUACAUUACACUUUACGAGACUUCCACGACAAAAAACAAAACAAUCUUCUCUGCACGAUGUCGUGUGUACGUAUGCAUGUGUGCGUAUGUAUGUUAGUGUGAGUGUUUCAAUACGCGUGCGCUGAUAUUUUCAACGGAUUCCGAAUUGUCUCAAUAAAGUAAAGUAUGCGUGCUCUGGCGAAUGAGAUAAGACGAGCGGCUCGACGGGGUUAAGAGUGAAAGACAACUCAUUACGAGACAGCGCACUCAGGCUGCAUGAGUCUAACGAUAAACGAGGCAACAAUGUUUGUGAAAUUCGGGAAGGUGUACGUGGAUGCGCGAGUGCGAUGCUUAUCGAAGCGAUUAAUUGCUGAAAUAAUUAGCGACGUAGAGAGAGGCACGCUCUAGGCAUGGCGAACACGUAAUCUCUGAUGCUAAUUACACUUUCAGAUUAGUUCUAGAGAUGCAAUGAUGGGAGAGAUAUUAUACCUUUUUACGGUGUUGUGUCACGAGUACACCGUUUGAUCUCUGUCCACGUCGCUGAUCACAACUGCGGGCUUUUCCCCUGUGCUGAGGCAACGAUACAUACACCUCACUCAUUAACGUCCCUCAAACGUUGGAUUAUCGGGUAAUUGACGCGAUAAGUCUCCUUUUUAUAAACACAUGUAUACAGCAAAAUGAUACGCAAGCACGAUCGCAUCGUCGGCACAAUUCUGGAUUCGAAGGUCGAAGCGUAACCAGUCUAGCACUGCCAUGUUUAAGAUGUAUUUAAUUUUUUCAUAGACUGAGAAACUAAGAUUACAGACGAAUAUUUAAUUGUUAAAACUCCGAUGAGACAAGCGAGGGGCCGCGCUGAUCGACUGAUCGAUCGAAAUUUCACCCGCGUAUGCUCGAUGUACGGCGGUAUGACUUCGGAGACGAGAUACCUAAAGUACAUUGGCCGCGUGACGACGACUUGUCCUCUCUCAACCAAAACACCGCCAAUUUCGACGCUACCUUGUGAUAUGAUUCAGAAACCCUUUCCUCUUCUGUCCCAUUCCCAAGGAGGUACACACUUCUCUAUCGUCGCCUUCGCGAAAGAGGACGAGGAGCGGGAGAGCAGAUACUGGAGUGAGAGAUAUGGGAAAUUAAUCAGUACAGAGUCGACAAAGCAAAUAUCCCGUGAAGCCGAGCGAUAUUCCCGAACGCGCGUCUCGCCCGCUCGUCUCCUCUCUCUCGCUUCUUGGACGCUGAACCCCACCAUAUCGUCGCCAUAUAAUUUUUAGAAGUAAUAAAAGAAAUAUUAUUGAAUAUAAA